GUUGGGUCGCGGUGGCUGUGAGGGCGGAAGAAAAGGCCAGGCUGAGGGGAGGGUGGAGGGUGAAAAGCUCGGAUCUGUGUUUGGGGAAGGCCAGGCUUGCGCUCCUCGCCGGGUUCCGCGAAGGGAACCUUGGCUGACUUGGCUCGCGAGCAAAGGGCGGCGUCUGAGCUCCCGGCGUUCCAGGAGUGGCCUCUUUUGUAGGAGCACCUGAAAUGCAGCGUCUGGUGCACUAAGCCGUAGCGGCAGCAGCAGCCACAGCGACAGCGCUGGGGCCCUGUGUAGAAGCUCCAUCCCCCUUGUCUUUGUGCUUGCCUGCGUCCCCAGACUCAGAGAUUAUCUUAGAAGACCUAGGACUCCAAAAAUGUUUCCCCUGAAGGACGCUGAAAUGGGAGCCUUUACCUUCUUUGCCUCGGCUCUGCCACAUGAUGUUUGUGGAAGCAAUGGACUUCCUCUCACACCAAAUUCCAUCAAAAUUUUAGGGCGCUUUCAAAUCCUUAAAACCAUCACCCAUCCCAGACUCUGCCAGUAUGUGGAUAUUUCUAGGGGAAAGCAUGAACGACUAGUGGUCGUGGCUGAACAUUGUGAACGUAGUCUGGAAGACUUGCUUCGAGAAAGGAAACCUGUGAGCUGUUCAACGGUUUUGUGUAUAGCAUUUGAGGUUCUUCAGGGCUUGCAGUAUAUGAACAAACAUGGUAUAGUACACAGGGCAUUGUCUCCUCAUAAUAUCCUGUUGGACCGAAAGGGACAUAUUAAAUUGGCUAAAUUUGGACUUUAUCACAUGACAGCUCAUGGUGAUGAUGUUGAUUUCCCAAUAGGGUAUCCCUCGUACUUGGCCCCUGAGGUAAUUGCACAGGGAAUUUUCAAAACCACUGAUCACAUGCCAAGUAAAAAACCAUUGCCUUCUGGCCCCAAAUCAGAUGUAUGGUCUCUUGGAAUCAUUUUAUUUGAGCUUUGUGUGGGAAGAAAAUUAUUUCAGAGCUUGGAUAUUUCUGAAAGACUAAAAUUUUUGCUUACUUUGGACUGUGUAGAUGACACUUUAAUAGUUCUGGCUGAAGAGCAUGGUUGUUUGGACAUUAUAAAGGAGCUUCCUGAAACUGUGAUAGAUCUUUUGAAGAAGUGCCUCACCUUCCAUCCUUCUAAGAGGCCAACCCCAGAUGAAUUAAUGAAGGACAAAGUAUUCAGUGAGGUAUCACCUUUAUAUACCCCCUUUACCAAACCUGCCAGUCUGUUUUCAUCUUCUCUGAGAUGUGCUGAUUUAACUCUGCCUGAGGAUAUCAGUCAGUUGUGUAAAGAUAUAAAUAAUGAUUACCUGGCAGAAAGAUCUAUUGAAGAAGUUUAUUACCUUUGGUGUUUGGCUGGAGGUGACUUGGAGAAAGAGCUUGUCAACAAGGAAAUCAUUCGAUCCAAACCACCUAUCUGCACACUCCCCAAUUUUCUCUUUGAGGAUGGUGAAAGCUUUGGACAAGGUCGAGAUAGAAGCUCGCUUUUAGAUGAUACCACUGUGACAUUGUCGUUAUGCCAGCUAAGAAAUAGAUUGAAAGAUGUUGGUGGAGAAGCAUUUUACCCAUUACUUGAAGAUGACCAGUCUAAUUUACCUCAUUCAAACAGCAAUAAUGAGUUGUCUGCAGCUGCCACGCUCCCUUUAAUCAUCAGAGAGAAAGAUACAGAGUACCAACUAAAUAGAAUUAUUCUCUUUGACAGGCUGCUAAAGGCUUAUCCAUAUAAAAAAAACCAAAUCUGGAAAGAAGCAAGAGUUGACAUUCCUCCUCUUAUGAGAGGUUUAACCUGGGCUGCUCUUCUGGGAGUUGAGGGAGCUAUUCACGCCAAGUACGAUGCAAUUGAUAAAGACACUCCAAUUCCUACAGAUAGACAAAUUGAAGUGGAUAUUCCUCGUUGUCAUCAGUACGAUGAACUGUUAUCAUCACCAGAAGGUCAUGCAAAAUUUAGGCGUGUAUUAAAAGCCUGGGUAGUGUCUCAUCCUGAUCUUGUGUAUUGGCAAGGUCUUGACUCACUUUGUGCUCCAUUCCUAUAUCUAAACUUCAAUAAUGAAGCCUUGGCUUAUGCAUGUAUGUCUGCUUUUAUUCCCAAAUACCUGUAUAACUUCUUCUUAAAAGACAACUCACAUGUAAUACAAGAGUAUCUGACUGUCUUCUCUCAGAUGAUUGCAUUUCAUGAUCCAGAGCUGAGUAAUCAUCUCAAUGAGAUUGGCUUCAUUCCAGAUCUCUAUGCCAUCCCUUGGUUUCUUACCAUGUUUACUCAUGUAUUUCCACUACACAAAAUUUUCCACCUCUGGGAUACCUUACUACUUGGGAAUUCCUCUUUCCCAUUCUGUAUUGGAGUAGCAAUUCUUCAGCAGCUGCGGGACCGGCUUUUGGCUAAUGGCUUUAAUGAGUGUAUUCUUCUCUUCUCCGAUUUACCAGAAAUUGACAUUGAACGCUGUGUGAGAGAAUCUAUCAACCUGUUUUGUUGGACUCCUAAAAGUGCUACUUACAGACAGCAUGCUCAACCUCCAAAGCCAUCUUCUGACAGCAGUGGAGUCAGAAGUUCGGCACCUUAUUUCUCUGCUGAGUGUCCAGAUCCUCCAAAGACAGAUCUGAAAAUACAUUAACAUAUACUCAUGCAAUCAUCUGCAUACCUACUCUUAAAUAAGAAGAAAUCUUUUUACAGUAAGUAUAAGGAAAAGUACAAUUAUGUAUCCUUUUUUUGCUAACAUAUUGAGGGUAAAAUGUUAACCUAAAGGAGAACUAAACACUGUCUGCUGAAAUUAUUUAGAGCAAUAGAUGCAUUGAAAACAAAAAGGUUAGCUUUGCAUCUGUUCUUUUUACUGGUUCAAUUCUUCUGCCAUUAUCUAAUGUUCUGUAGGCAAUUUUAGAGCUAUUAUGAUAGGCACAAUUUUAGUGAAAGAUGAAGACUAGAAACCCUGGCAGCUACAUAUAAGGGUAAAAUGUAUCAGCCCUCUAGAAGUUAAGUAGAAGACAUUUUAUAGAAAAUAAUAUCUUUUGAAAUUUGUUUUUCCAUAGUAAUGUAUAAUCUUAUUCUACCAUUGGCCCAAAAAAUAAGCAAAUAAUAAUAAUCCAACAUAAGAAAAUAAGGGAUAGUUGGAUUUGGGGAUAGGAUAUCAAAAGACCUUGAUUUACUGGAUUAAAAUAUGAACUUUUCUUUCUAUAUUCCAAGUGUAGAGAAGGAGAACGGCAAACAAAUUCCUAGACAGAGAUUGAUAUGGUUUGACUGUGUUCCCACCCAAAGUCUGAUCUUGAAUUGUAGUAAUUCCCAUGUGUCAAGGACAGGACCAGGUGGAGUAAUUGAAUAAUAGGGGCAAUUUCCCCUAUACUGUUCUCAUAAUAGUGAGUGAGUUCUCAUAAGAUCUGUUGAUUUUCUAAUGGACUUCCUCCUUUGCUUGGCUCUCAUUCUCUUUCUUGCCACCAAGUAAAGAAGGACAUGUUUGCUUCCCAUUCUACCAUGAUUGUAAGUUUCCUGAAGCCUGCCAAGCAUUGCUGAACUGUGAAACCUCUUUCCUUUAUAAAUUACCCAGUUUGGGGUAUGUCUUUAUGAGCAGUAUGAGAACAAACUAAUAUAUUAAAUAGGUACUGGUACAGUUGGGUGCUGCUAUAAGGAUACCGAAAAUGUGGAAGUGAUUUUGGAACUGGAUAACAGGCCGAGGUUGGAACAGUUUGGAGGGCUCAGAAGAAGACAUGAAAAUAUGGGAAAAUUUGGAGCUUCCUAGAGACUUGGAAUACUCAGAAGACAGGCAGAUGUGGGAAAAUUUGGAACUCCCUAGAGACUUACUGAAUGGCUUUGACCAAAAUGCUGAUAGUGAUAUGGAUGAUGAAGUCCAGGCUGAGAUGGUCUCAGAUGGAGAUGAGGAACUUUUUGGGAACUGGAGUAAAGGUCACGCUUGCUAUGCUUUAGCAAAGAAACUGGCAGCAUUUUGCCCCUGCCCUGGAGAUAUGUGGAACUUUGAACUUGAGAGAGAUGAUUUAGGGUAUCUGGCAGAAGAAAUUUCCAAGUGGCAAAGUGUCCAAGAGGAAGCAGACCAUAAAAGUUUGGAAAAUUUGCAGCCUGAUGAUGUGAAGAAAAGAAAAACCCAUUUCCUGGGGAGAAAUUCAAGCCAGCUGCAGACAUUUGCAUAAGUAAUGAGGAUCCAAAUGCUAAUCACCAAAGCAAUGGGGAAAAUGUCUCCAGGGCAUGUCAGAGACCUUCACAGCAGCCUCUCCCAUCAUAGGCCUGGAGGCCUAGGACAGAAAAAUGGUUUCCUAGGCUGCUGCUAUUCUGUGCAGUGUCAGAACAUCUUCCCCUGUGUCCCAGUGACUUCAGCUUCAGCUGUGGCUGAAAGAGGCCAAGGCACAGCUCAGACCCUUGCUUCUAAGGGUGUAAACCCUAAACCUUGCAGUUUCCCACAUGGUGUUUGGCCUGUUGGUGCAUAGAAGUCAAGAAUUGAGGUUUGAGAACCUCCACCUAGAUUUCGGAGGAUGUAUGGAAAUGCCUGGAUAUCCAGGCAGAAUUUUGCUGGAGAGGCAGAGCCCUAACGGAGAACCUCUGCUAAGGCAGUGCAGAAGGGAAAUGUUGGGUCAGAACUCCCACACAGAGUCCCCACUGGGGCACUGCCUAGUGGAGCAGUGAGAAGAGGGCCACCAUCCUCCAGACCCCAGAAUGGUAGAUCCACCAACAGCUUGCACUAUGCAUCUGGAAAAGCUGCAGACAGUCAACACUAUCCUAUGAAAGCAGUGGAAAGUGGGGCUAUAUCUUGCAAAGCCACAGAGGCGGGGCUGCCCAAGGCCGUGGGUGCCCAUCUCUUGCAUCAGCAUGACCUGGAUGUGUGACAUGAAGUCAAGGGAGAUCAUUUUGGAGCUUUAAGAUCUGGCUGCCCUGCUGAAUUUUGGACUUGCAUGAGGCCUGUAGCCCCGUUGUUUUGGCCAAUUUCUCCCAAUUGGAAUGGGUAUAUUUUUCUAUUGCCUGUACCCCCAUUGUAUCUAGGAAGUAACUAACUUGCUUUUGAUUUUACAGUCUCAUAGAUAGAAGAGACUGCUUUGUCUCAGAUGAGACUUUGGACUGUGGACUUUUGAGUUAACCCUGAAAUAAGGCUUUGGGAGACUGUAGAAAAGGCAUAACUAUGGUUUGAAAUGUGAGGACAUGAGAUUUGGGAGUGGCUGGGAUGGAAACAUGUAAUCUAACUUUUAAAUAAAUGGAAUCAUAGCA